AUUUGUUCGAAGGGCAUAUCAUUCAAUGGGACCAAACGAAACCUGGCACGUUGAUGGGUAUGAUAAAUUAAAACCUUUUGGAAUUGCAAUAAAUGGCUGCAUUGAUGGCUUCUCCAGAAAAAUUAUGUGGCUGAAUUGCGGAAAGACCAACAACGACCCUUCAGUAAUUGCUCAAUACUAUGUCAACUGUAUAGUUGAGCAUGGAGUUUUUCCAAAGCGGCUCCGCACAGAUUGUGGCACUGAAAAUGGCACAAUGGCCGCCCUUCACUGUACCCUGAGAUCAGAGCAUACAGAUGAGUUCGCAGGUGCUAAAAGCCACAUGUAUGGAACUUCAACAUCAAACCAGCGGAUUGAAAGCUGGUGGUCCUACUUCCGGAAACAAAGGAGCCAAUUUUGGAUGGAUCUUCUCAGUGACUUGAGGGAGCGACAUCUCUUCAAUGGCAGCCCUGCACAUACAAAUUUGGUGCGAUACUGCUUCCUGGGAGUUCUGCAGAAAGAACUGGAUGAAUACAAGCAUUAUUGGAACACGCACACCAUUCGUCCUGUUCGCCAAUCCCGGUGCCCAUCUGGUAAACCUGAGGCAAUGUAUUAUGUACCUCAAAGAUUUGAUGGAAGCAAUUGUGGUUUCCCAGCAUCUGCCCAAACCUUAAACCACAUCACCAGCAUCAUGCCAGUGCCAGCAACUCCAGGUGGGGAUGAGCAUGAAACUCUAUUUGGAGAACUGCAACAAGAGAGUGGUCUAAGAGCUCCUGUGCAGUGGGAAUCAGCUGUAGAGAACUACAUCACCCUAAAAACCAUGGCUGGUCUGUAAAACUUAAGGCAGGAUUUCUUGAAAACCAGCAGGAGGCAGACUGUCGAGAACUGGAUUUGGGCACCCAGAACUAAACAAAUACAACCUUUUAAUGCAUAGUAUUGGCUAUGUCGUUAUUUCUCUGUCAUUCCAUUUGUCAAAUAAAGUUUUCUGUGUCUGAAAAA